AUGAGUGGAUACGAUAGUGCGUUAUCUAUUUUCUCACCUGAUGGACACGUUUUCCAAGUUGAGUAUGCUUCUGAGGCGGUCAAACGAGGCACUUGUGCCGUUGGAGUUAAAGGUUCAUCGGUCGUGGUGCUCGGUUGCGAGAGACGUACCACUUUAAAGCUUCAAGAUCCACGUACAACACCAUCGAAAAUCCAAAAAAUCGACCAUCAUAUUCUUUUGGCAUUUGCCGGGUUGAAUGCCGAUGCAAGAAUCCUUAUAGAUAAAGCUCGUGUUGAGGCGCAAUCGCACCGAUUAAAUUUGGAAGAUGCUGUGACUGUGGAUUAUUUGACGAAAUACGUUGCAGGAGUACAGCAACAAUAUACUCAAUCCGGAGGUACUAGACCUUUUGGAAUUGCUACUUUAAUUGCCGGAUUCGAUGCAUUAGAUACCGUGCCAAAAUUGUACCAGACUGAGCCAUCUGGUGUAUAUAACGCAUGGAAGGCGCAUGCGAUUGGAAGAUCAGCAAAGACUGUGAAUGAGUUUUUGGAAAAGCAAUGGAAAGAUGGAAUGUCUGAAGAUGAGACGGUAAAGUUAACCGUUAAGUCGCUUUUGGAAGUUGUACAAACAGGAGCAAAGAACAUUGAGAUUAGCGUGAUGAAAGCGGGAGAGACAAAAAAAUUGACCAUUGAGGAGAUCAACAAAUUUGUGGAGGAAAUUGAGGCUGAGAAGGAAGCUGAAGCGGAAAAGAAGAAGCCAAAGGUGAAGGCUAAAGAGUAG